AUGGGGAGCCGGAGAUUGGAGCUAACGAUCGUGGGGGCGGAGAAUCUGCCCGACAUCCGGCGGUUGGGGCGGAUGAAAGUGUACGCGGUGGUCUCCGUGGACGGAUGCACAGGCGCGACCAACACAGACAGAGACGGGGAGACGAACCCGACGUGGGACUUCCCGUUCGUGUACAACAUAAGUGAGGCGCAUCUGCGGCGGGCGGGGCUGGAUGCGGUGGUGGAUCUCUACUGCGAGACAACGCUGGCCGGAGACAAGCUCGUGGGGCGCGUGGUGAUACCGGUGAAGACGCUCUUCGACAAGGGGAUCACAUCGCAGAGCUGCCUCGGCUUCCCCGUCGCCGGGACUGUCUGCGGGAGGCUGUAUAUUCGCUACUGCUUCGAGGAGAAGGAUUUGCCCCGCAGGAAUCAAGCGUGGGAAAGAUUAACAACUCAACAGAGCUACUACUUCUCCCAAGAUUACUAUAAUUAUUAG